UCCUAUUUACUUGAUGUGAGUGCAAAUAACGGACACUGACAAACUGAAAGUUUCAAAUACAGGAAAUAAAGGUACAUUUUACAGCAAUCUGAGGAGUAACCAUCACAAAGAGAUAUUGAGAGACUAAUAUAAAGACUUCAAAUUACAUUAAUUAAGUUCCCUAAGGCAUCUGAAAUGAGACUAUUUACCUUCGUAUUUUGGCAGACCCUCCUUCUAAUAGUGUAUGCUGAAUUAAAGAGCGCACAUGAAGCUGAAGUUAUCCCAGAUCAGGCUAAUCAACCACCAACACAAAAGUAUUUGUCAUCAUCCACACACAAUCCUUUGUCAGAAUACAGUGAAUCACACAAAGAAGUGAGGAAUGACAAGGAAAAGCCAACUGAAGAGACAGUACAUAGCAACGAUUCAAAACAGAAUAAUUCAGUUUCUCAAGAGGUAGAAAAGGAGAAAUUGAAAGAAAAUAAUGUACCAGAAGUUAAAGUGAAAAACGAAUCCAACACAGAGAGCGAAAUUAAGGAAGGUGCGAAGACCACAGAAGAAAUUCUUAGUAAUGGCAUUGAAGAAGCAACAACAACAGAAAAGAAUGAACCAGAAGUUAAAGUGAAAAAUGAAUCCAACACAGAGAGCGAAAUUAAGGAAGGUGCGAAGACCACAGAAAAAAAUGUUAUCAAUGGCAUUGAAGAAGCAACAACAACAGCAUAUUUUGAACCUUGUUCUCCUACAUGGCCAAACUGCACACAGGACAAUUUCGUAAAUGCCACAGAACAGGUUGCAAAGUCCAUCACCAGUUUCUCAGUGGACCUGUACAAGCUAUUGUCGCAGAAUAAUGAUGAGCCUAACCUUGUGAUUGCUCCAAUUAGCGUUGCAAUGGCUCUCUCACAUCUCAUGCUGGGAACUGGAAAACAAACAAGAGAAGUUAUGCUGGAAAAUUUGUAUAAAGGGGUUACAGACACCCAGUGUAUUCAUGAGGUGUUACGCAAUAUGUUCAAUAAAGAUGCAUUCGUAAGUGCGUCUGAAAUUUUCUACAAAAAAGGUAUGUCUCUAAAUGAUGAGUUCAUUAGUCAGUCCAUGAAGUAUUAUGAGAGCAGAGGACAGGAACUGCUGAAUGAGCCGAAGGAGAGUCUUAAGCAAAUAAAUAGUUGGGUAUCAGAUAAAACGUUUAAGCGUAUUCCAAAAUUACUGCAAGAGCUUCCAAGGGACCUGCAGCUGCUACUCAUUAAUGUAAUUUACUACCAAGGAAAAUGGCUGACACGUUUUGACGUAAAUCUCACUAAGAAGGGGUCCUUUAAAAAGGCUGGUUCUGUCUCAGUUACCGUACCUAUGAUGAACAACCACAAGUAUUCCCUGCAGAGCUUUAGAGAUAAACACUUGAAAGCCCAGGUGGCCCGCUUCCCAUUGUCAAAUAACAUCAGUCUCAUCAUCAUCCUUCCAUUUUCAAAUGAAGACAUAACUGUGGUUGGGAAGCGUCUCAAUGAGGGAGUAGUGCAUCUAUUGAUCAAAGAACUGCAAAGUAUACCACCUCGAGCAACAAGUGUGACUUUACCCCGUCUGAAACUGGACUCAAACAAUGAACUACAGGAUAUGCUAAAAAAACUUGGUCUUUAUAGUCUGUUUCAUUACCCAGACUUUUGUGGUCUCUCAACACAAUCUGAGCUUGCAGUUGAUGAGGUCUACCACCGUGCUGUCCUUGAGGUUGCAGAACAUGGUGUUGCUGCUGUAGCUGCUUCCACAGUUUCUGUUGCCCGCACACUUAAUACUUUUGAAGUUCGCAAACCAUUUCUCUUUAUGCUGGCCAGUGAUAUAACUGGAAUACCCCUCUUCAUAGGACAUGUGAAUGACCCAAGCAAGUGAUCAGUACACAGAACAUUUUCACUCACUAAACUCAAAAAUUGAAUGGCAAAAUAUAGGAAAAAAAUAUCUGAUGUGUUAACAUUCUCCAAUUCAACUAUAGUCAUAAUAGAUAAUAGAUAAUUCAGCCUAAAUUCUGGCAUUCAAAUUUCAAUUUGCUAGAGCUCAGAGAAUAAAUGUCAGAGUUGUAUUAAGUUACUGCUAAGCGCAUUAAAUGUCAGAACAUAAACAAUGCUAUUAGUAUCUAAAUCAAUAGUUUAAGUGAUCUAUAGCAAUAAAAUACAAUAGGCAUGUGACGAAUAAA